GAAGCGGCCAGUGCGAUUGGCCUGGAAGAUUCAAAAUACUCCACGCACUCCCUCCGAAGCACCGGUGCAACAGCUCUCUUCCGCGGCGGCGCCUCUGACCUCGCCAUCCAGCUAUUCGGCCGAUGGCACUCUGACGCAUACAAGCGCUACACAAGAAUCAACGGCCAAGAAGUGGCCGCGGAGAAAUUUGACACCCCAACCGUCGCUGGGGCCCAACCGACAAAAAACUCGAGCGAAACGCUGUACUCGGCUAGUGACCUUGCCGACGCCAUUCAGCUCGUUGUUGCCAUGACGCACACCAUCGCAUCGGCUGCUGAAGCGUACAGUAUUCCUCAGCGGACGCUACGGUACCACAUUGCGAAGUCCAAACACCCGAGCAAUGUUGUCAUGACACUGGGGCCGAAUCCAUCAUUGGCUGUGCAAGACGAGAACGACCUAGCCACUUGGAUCUUGGCCAUGGACCGAGAUGGCAAUCCCGUCAGAAGACACCAAAUACGGGGAAAGCAACUGACAUGCACCGUGUUGUCCACGGCUACGCUUCGCCGAGGCCACUGA